AUGAUCGAUACUCAAGAGUAUGACAACAACUUUCGCCCUUGGCAAAAAGGGUUCGUUCUGGGCUCAACCAUAGAAAUCGAACCUGAUGAGAAACCCACGCUGAACGAGGAGCAGUUGCUCAUCUGUACUGACACGGUUGCGGGCUUUUCUCUUGUAACCAAGAAAUGGGGUUACCUAGAUGUCGACCACGUGCGAGAGAUCGACUUCAACACUUCUGCGUUUGAUAUGUUGGCGCUAUCAGAAGAAAAGAAGAGCAUGGUUGCAGCUCUUGUCAGAAGUGCCAAAGCGAGCUCCGACACAUACGAUGACCUGAUCAAGGGCAAAGGCAAGGGAGUCAUCUUCUUGCUUCACGGCCCUGCUGGUGUAGGAAAGACUUUCACAGCUGAGAGCAUUGCAGACCUUUCGCAGCGGCCGUUGUACACUUUGAACUGCAGUGACCUGGGUGUUAAAGACGCGGAGAUGCGACUCACUGCUGCGCUAUCUCUGGCUGUAAAAUGGAAUGCGGUAGCGCUCAUUGACGAAGCAGAUGUGUUCAUGGCUGAAAGAAGCCUCAAUGAUCUAGAGAGGAAUGAACUGGUAUCCGUACUUUUGCGCGUUCUUGAGUACUUUGAGGGCAUACUCUUCCUCACCACUAACCGAGCCGAAACGAUUGAUCCAGCUUUCAAAUCCCAAAUCCAUUUGAAGAUCGCUUAUCCGAACCUUUCAACAGAAUCGAAACGUCAGCUGUGGUGUGUGUUCAUUAAGCAAGGCAUGGCUCAACAGCUUCCGGCUUGGGUCGAUGACCAGUUUCUUGACAAAGCCGUCGAGUACAACAUGAAUGGUCGGCAGAUCAAAAACGUCGUUCGAGUGGCCUAUGCUCUGGCACAAGAUAAAAAACGUGAUAUGUGCCCUGAGGACAUCUUCUCGGUGGUGCAGCUGAUCAGGUCGUUUGAGGAAGACGUUGAUGCGUGA